AUGGCGCAUAAAACGAGCAAAUCGGCUGGCUGGAGUUUCAAACCGCCAAAACAAGAAUUGAACUUGAUUCAAUAUGCAUGUCAAGUUGAGGCGCUUGAUGUUCAACUUUUGAAUCACCUCAGAGAGCAGGUAAAAUACAAAAGAUAUCUAGAGGGUUUAUAAUUUUUGGUUCUACUCCGAAAACUUUACUUUCAAAAAAAUUUUUAUCAUUCAUUUAAAAUUGGGCUUUUCCGGUCAUUUUUUUAAAAGUAUUUUUUUGAAAAACAUCAAGGUCAAAAGUCUUUUUUUUUCAUCGAAAUCCUCAAAAUAUAUCAAUUUCACCGACAACAAAUAGAAAACUGUCAAGCGCGAAAAAACCCAAACAUUUGCAUAGGAUGGACCGGUAGCCUCUCUUUUCAUUUUUUUUAAUCAGAAAAGUAAACCGUGAUCAAUGCUUUAAUCGAGUAGCGGGAUGAAAGGUGACAGCGAACAUGAAUAAAAUGAAAUAGCGGAAUACAAAAACUGCUUUUGUUUGAUUGAAAAAAAAAGAAAUUGAGGGGAAUAGUUUUAAUGAAUUUUUUCAAGUGACUUGGAAGUUUCACGAAUUUUGGUGGAGGAAAAAUUGAGAAUUAGUUUUUGAACCAUGUGAAAGUGCUGCUUCUUUGAACUAGAUUAUGGGUUAUUUAGAUGUUUUUGCGGAUGGGAUUAAUGAAAGGAUUUGCAAAAUAAUCUAAUUAACCCUAUAAAAAUACAUAUGUACAUAUUAUCAUCAAAGAAAAAGAAUUACACAAGGUGGGAAUGAUUCAGCAGAUCUCACAGUAUCUUGGAUGGAAUUGAAUUACGUCAAAAAUAAUCAAAAUAAAUUCAACAAAGAAAAAAUUAUAUUCUUCAGAUAAAUGACAAAAAUAAUAUCUGUUGAAAUUCUACCACAUUUUCCUGACUCGAUCAAUAAUUUCCUUUCACAAAAUAUAAUUUUUUGAAUAUACGUCUCAUACCUCUCAAUAUUUCUCUCUUCAUUUUCCACACUCUCUCACCUACACUCUACUUCUCUAACAUCGUGUCUCUCUUCAUGUUUUCAUCACUUUUAUUUUAUAAUCACCUAAAGGUUUCUUUUUUUAUUUUUACUAUUUUCUACCUUUUUGCGCUUAGGUUAGAUUAAGGUUUUAUACAAGGUUCCUAGCAAAAAAUAACAAGAUGACAGUUUCAAAAAUCAACUAUUUUUAGGCUCAAAAUACAGAUGACCUUUCCGUUCUUUUCAAUAUUCUUCCACCCGUUGAACAACUUGUCUCAGAAAUUCCAUAUACACUCCCAUUACUUGAAGCAGUUUACUUGAAAUGUGAACUAGUAAGUUCUUUUCCAAAUUUUUUUGUACCUUUCCAAAACAAUUUUCAUUUUCAGCGUUCAAUUGAAGAUGGAAUGUUAUUACCAAUUCGUGAUAUGUGUUGUGAACAACUAUUUUGCCAACUUGUUUGGUGGACAGCAUUUUGUGAGCAAAACAACACGGCAAAUGUCAAGAAACAUUGUGCCAUGUUUACGGUAAGAUUGGCUUAACCUAACAUGAUUUCUCUCAAAAAUAUGUACUUUUUCAAGGAAUUUCAACCUUGUAUUGCAAGUCUUAUGUCGAUAAUUGGACGACAAUGCCCGGAUUUAGUGAAAAGAGCGCACGAGGAUAGAAAUCAGCUGAAGACGUGUUUAGAGAGUUUGGGAUGCCACGGAUUAGUGAAUUGCUCGUCGGGAUUGAUUCGGUGAGCGUUUUUUGGUUCGGAACAAAAAUGAAUGUGUUAUGAAAAAUGGGCGAGACGGGUGUUUUGUUGAUUUGUGUGUGUGUGCUUCUCUGAUGGAUUAUUUUGACAAGGUCAACAAAACAGCCAAUAAGGAAGCAAUAAUAGAAUAGAAAUUUCAGGAAUAUUACAGAAGAGUUCCCGGGCAACUUGUCUGAUAAAAUAAAUAAAAAUCUAGAAUCGUCAAUUUUUCAGAAUGACCGAUGCUGUUCAUCUAGAACUCGUCAAACAUGUGGAAAAUCUAAAAGCCAUCUCAACUCAAAUCAAAGAACUUCAACAUGAUCCAAAAUCAAACACAACUGAUCCAUCUGGAGAAAGCCAUCAACGUCAAAUGAGUAUGCGAUUGACACAAGUUUUUGAGAGACUCAAACUCAAUGAAACACUUCAAUGUGUUUUAGAAGAAGUUUUUCAAAAUCAACAUGUAAGAUUCAAAACUUUUUUAGAAUAUGUUGAGAAAUGAAUUUUUUUCAGUUGACAUCUCUCUUGCGCAUUUGUCGCAAACGCGUUGGCUCUGAUAAAUUGCUCAUUGGGCUUUUCAAUGCGUUUGCCAGAGCUGCACCAGAUGAUUUUGCACUUCAGCAACUUGAUCCAAUUGUUGCUCAACUCAUCGUGGUAUUCAAUAAUUCUUAUAAUAAGUUAUUAUCAAUGUGUCCGGAUGAGAUGAUUUCUUCGACUCGAAUUUCAUCAGGAUCAUCAACAGCAUCAGGAUCAAAUGGAACACCAUCAUCUUUGAGUGAGUUGAACUCAAAUUAUUCUUUUCUGAAAAUUAAACAUUAGAAGAUUCAUAAAAUAAAUGAUUUUUCAGAUGACAAAUCAUCGGUUCGAAGUGCAGUUGAAGGUUCUGGAAAUGGUCCCGGGCCUGGACAAUUCGAUAGUUUGAAACAGGAAAUUUCCAAACUUCGAAAAGAACUACGAGUUGCAAAUUAUACAAUUGCACAACUUCGAGAAAAAUCUGAAGAGGAAUUGAAUAUUAAAGAAAGGUGGGAUAUAGAUUCAGAGGUCAAAUAUCUCAAACCCAAUUUUCUUUAAUUUUCAGCCAAAUCCCAGCUCCAGAUUAUCCAGAAGCCACAUCGUAUUAUUCAACAGCUACAAAAGAUGAUUUGAAUCUUUUAGUCACCAGAUUUGGUGAACUUUUCAUUUUCGCCAGCAAUGUUCGUUGUUUUUUCAAACUAUUUUAUUCACAGUUUCUAAAAAAUUGAAAAUUUCAGGAACUUCGUGAGAGUUUGGACACUUUGCCAGAUUUAGAAGGAGAAGAAGACCUUCAAUCAAUUUUUGGUCAUGAAACUUUGAUUGUGAGUUGUUUUCUUAAAAUGUUUUUCAAUAUAAUCUUCAUUUUUCAGACAUCUUUCAAUAUUGUCAAAAAUUAUAUUGAAGAUCGUAAACAAUGUGUUUUAAAAGCCCUUGGAUCAGGUUAGUCCCUUCUCCUUCCUGAAAAUCUCUAGUGAACAAAAUUUCAAACUUCAAAGAUUCAAAAUAUUCUCAUGUACUAAAACAGACAAAAAGUGCGAUUUGUGAAUUAUCGUAAAUUCAGAAGUGCAAAAUUUUAAAAAAGUGGGAGAAAAUAAUAAAUAAAUUCAUUCAGUGAACAACAAUACAAAAUGCUCAAAAGAAUUGUUAACAUUCGAAGACGCUUUGGAAUCGCAUUUAUAUAAAGAAUUCAAUACAAAAAAACAGGGAAGUGCAAUAAUUGAGGAGUUAACGCAUCAAGUAUUAGAGCAAUUGAAAGAUUAUCCAGCGUGUGAAGAAUGUUUGACGGUUCAUCAAUUUAUUCAGAAAUGCAUCACUAUUUCGUGGGAUAUUCAAUGCUGUCCAGAAGCAAAGUGAGACAAUUUGUGAUUUGAAAAUCUAAAAUACAUAAGAAAACAUGAAAUUGCAUCCCUGAGUCUACCUUUCUAAAAAUAACAGUUUCUAAAAUUAACUUUCAUCCGAAAUUCAAAAACUUAGAAGCCCACGUCGAUUUAUUUUUAAACUAAACUUUGAAAUUCACACCCCACAUUCAAGUUCUAUUCUAUUUUUAUCCAUCCAAAGUUGUCAUUCAACAAUUUUCCUAGAAAUUUGAACUCGAGCGGAAUGGACAACAAUUACUCACGUAUUCAUAAUGUGAUGAAAACGAAACUUUUUGUCUUUAUUUUUUUUUCUAAUCCAAAAUGUUUCGUUUUUUUCUUUUUCAUGACGCUUUUCUUUCUAUCAAUUUUAAAUUUUCCUUCGAAGAAAAAAAAACCAACAAAACUUUUUUGAUGUUUCAUUGUUCAUUUUUUCAUGUGUUACAGAUUACGUCUUGAAUACGAUGGAAUAGAUUUCGAUCCAUCUCGUCAUUCUCGAGCCGCUUAUUCUGGAUCAAUCAAUACAAUUGCUAGUUUUAUUUGGCCUGCUUUAAUUGAUAAGUCAGACAAUCGUGUUUUACUUAAAGCGAUUGUUUUGACUUGA